CACGCAUGGAGGUGAAACUUGGUGUGCAUGUGUAUUACAUCGUUUCCAUGACAACCACAACAACAAAUAGCCUCAGGCACUUUUGUUUAAAAUUACUUCUUCACUCCUCAAACUCGCUAAUUGCAGCACGCAUGGAGGUGAAACUUGGUGCGCAUGUGUAUUACAUCGUUUCCAUGACAACCGCAACAACAAAUAGCCUCAGGCACUUUUCUUUAAAAUUACUUCUUCACUCCUCAAACUCGCUAACGGUACCACGCAUGGAGGUGAAACUUGGUGCGCAUGUGUAUUACAUCGUUUCCAUGACGACCACAACAACAAAUGGCCUCAGGCACUUUUCUUUAUAAUUACUUCUUUACUCCUCAAACUUGCU